AUACUUGAUUUUUAGCCUUGCUUUUAUUGCUUAAAAAGUUAAAGUAGAGCAACCUACAAAAACCAGAACACAAGCUUGCUUUGCCAAAAGUAAAUUCCUUGUCGUUUGUGCACGGAAACAUUUUGUAUAAAAUUUUAAACAUCCGAAAUUUUCUUUGCAUUUCGAUCAUUCUAAAAAUCUACUUACCAAUAUAAAAUUCGUACAAAUGUCUCUUUAAAUCUUUGUAUGAAAAGUCAAAUGGGUAUUUUGUUUCUCAACUGAUUUGAGCAUGGCAGUGGAAGUUAAUGGUUCUUUCUCUAGCUUUGUUUCUUCUCUAUCUCUCCCUUUUGAAUGUAGACGAAACUGCCUGAUAAGCUUAAGCUCAAGAUCAAUUGAAACGAAACUGUACAAGAAGCAUUUAACAACUACUAAAGUUCAGCCGUGGGAGUUCAGGAAUAGGUUAUUUAAACCACUGGACUUUUGGAGAAGAAAAUGUUUACCAAUUAUAUCCGAAGAUUUCAUUUCAGAAGUGAUAGAGGUGAAUAUUUCAGAGACUAGAGAGUUGCCUCAAGAGUUUUCCGGUCAGUUGGAUGAUGAAGACGUCUCUUCUACUUAUUUGGAGGAGCAGGCUGGAGGAGGAGGAGGAAAGCCUGGAUUUGUUUCAUUUUAUAGCCUUAAGUGUGCAAAAGAGAAAGUUGUUCCUUCACCUAGUGUGAGGAAGAAUCAGAACAGCCUUUUAUGGUUUGCUGGCCCAGCCGUUCUUUUUGCCUCAUUCAUUCUUCCCUCACUGUAUUUGCGCAGGAUAAUUUCUCUUAUAUUUGAAGAUUCCCUCUUGACAGAUUUCCUCAUAUUAUUUUUCACAGAGGCUAUCUUCUACUGUGGGGUUGCAGUUUUCCUUCUUCUAAUGCACUCUUUCUGUAGUCCUGGUAAAAACGUUCCUGCUACCAGCAGUUAUGAAAUGCUAACCUCUCAGAUAGGGUAUCGUAUUUCGUCUGUUGCCGUUUUGGUGCUUAGUCUUAUUAUUUCAAUGGUGACUAUGGGUUUUGCUUGGCCGUGGACUGGUCCUGCAGCUUCAGCUACUUUAGCUCCCUACUUGGUUGGUAUUGUUGUACAGUUUGCAUUUGAACAGUAUGCAAAAUAUACAAAAUCACCUACAUGGCCUGUCAUUCCCGUUGUAUUUCAGGUGUAUAGAUUACAUCAACUAAAUCGAGCUGCACAACUGGUAACCGCUCUAUCUUUCACAGUUAGAGGGGUUGAAAUGACUCCACACAACUUGGCCAUCAAAAAUUCGUUGGGUACUCUGUUGAGCGUUCUCCAGAUUCUUGGCCUCAUCUGCAUUUGGUCUCUUUCUAGCUUCCUCAUGAGGUUUUUUCCUUCCUCAUCGGAGCAAUAAGUUCAGUUUACUGCCUUGCCCAUGUCACUAGCUUUCAAACGUGCCUAUAUAUUCUCGUGGAGAAAGCUAGUGCGAAAUUCUAUUGCUACAUUACAGUAUUUGUGCAAGUCACUUCAGGUUUUUAAGAGAUUGAGAUAGGAUGUUCCUCUGCAAACUUGUGGUUGGCAUGAUCGGUAAACAAGCUUUUCAGGACCGGACGCACUCUACCCGGAUCACCCAUUCCACCGAAAGAAUCAUAAUGGAAAGCAGUUAGGUAAAGAAGAAAAGAAAAGGGAUAGUAUCAUAGUAUGCUAUAUACUGCUUGUACAAUGUACAUAUACCUUGUUUGGUAUAAAUUACUGGCUAUUUGCCGAUUGCUUGCAUUGUGACGCUUUACUUUCUU